CGCCAUAUUGGAAUCCGAGGCCGGAAAAUAUCGGCGAAUUAUCAGUCACAAUCCUUCGAAACUACGGAAUAGACAGCAUCGAAAAUCAUGGCAAAGAUUCUAUCGAACUUCAUCUUUAUGAUGUUACUGGUUUUACCAACAUCAAUGAUGUUAUUUAGCAGUGGUGCCAGUAUGGUUGCCUAUGCCCAAGAGGAAGAUAUCUUAGAAGGAGAGGAAGAAGAGGAGGGUGUGGUAGAAGAUGAUGAUGAGGGAACUGUUGAUGAUGGUGAAGAUGGAGAAACAGCGCCAACAGAAACAGAAGGAGAGGAAGAAGAGGAAGAAGUCCCAAGCUUGAAGGCAUCAUCUGAUGCUGAGACAAUGAUCCUCUUCACCAAACCAACUGGAACAACAGAGUUCCCAGCUGGUGGCCUGAUUCGUUUCCUAGUAGGAUUUGCCAACAAGGGAGAACAAGACUUCAUUGUAGAGUCCCUAGAUGCCUCCUUCAGAUACCCACAGGACUACAGCUUCUUCAUCCAAAAUUUCACAGCCUACAAGUUUGAGAAGACAGUUGAGCCCAAGAGACAGGCCACCUUUGAGUAUGGAUUCACCCCAAGUGAGACUUUCAAUGCUAGACCAUUUGGACUUGUUAUCAACCUGAACUACAGAGAUGCUGAGGGCAAUUACUUCCAAGAUGCUGUCUUCAAUGAGACAAUCCAGAUCACAGAACCUGAUGAGGGACUUGAUGGGGAAACCUUCUUCUUGUACGUCCUAUUGGCAGCUAUAGCUGUGCUCCUAUUGGUUGGAGCUCAACAACUGGUCGCAACUCUUAGCAAGAAGACCAGAGGAUCUAAGCCUAAGGCUGCCCCAGUAGAGAUGGGAACACAGAACAACUCUGACGUAGACUAUGAUUGGAUCCCCAAGGAGAACCUUGUCAAGCACUCUCCUAGAGCCCAGACAUCACCAAGGUCUCGACGCACAAAGCGUCAAAGUGGGCAAGAUGAAUGAAGAGACUCCCCCAGUAGACAGGACAUUCAGAUUGCCAGUGAAAAACCUAGACAACAGAAGUUGGAGAAUAGCUAUUACACACGCCCGCUGGACAUCAUCCCAAGAGUCAAAUUCAAAGUUUUCAAAGUGUCCGAUCUCGCAAAAUGGCACAAUUUUGACCCGAGGAGUUUGUUUCUAUCCGGGGGUUAUAUCCAUCGGGUGACUUCUACAUGUGUUUUCCACGGUGGUUUUAGGCUGCUCCAAAGUCUUGGCUGUGGGAAACAAUGUGUAAAGACACAUUUUAAAAUGAUAACAAAAUUGCAUGAUUUGGUCUACAUAAUCAGUUAGAUGUGGGAUCUUGUUUCAGCAAUAUUUCAACUCAUUUUAAUAUUAUCACACACAUUUUAUCAGCCUUUAAAAGGAUGCAGGUCUAUUGCUUAUACAAGCUCCAUACAUCUGCCUGGCAUUAUAUAUUAAAUUGUAAAAAGUGAAGUUUAUGCUCCAUUAUCUGUUCUAUAGAGAAACACUGAAAUUGUACAUGCAGAAAAACACUUUGGGUUUUAAACAUUUUGAGUUUUGAACUUUAUUUGAAACCCUGUAGUGUUUGCUGUAUAACAACUUAUUGAACAGUUCUGUACAUUAUGUGAUGGGAAACUGCAAUUUUGAUAUUAGGGCCAUUAAAUUGAACUAUUGGGUUUUCUGCAAAUAUGAGCAUUUGCUUUGAACUAGAUAUUUUAGUUUUGUGGCCUUUGAAAGAAAAUAUGUUCAACGUUUUGAUAAGCAAUUUGAAUGUGGAAACAUUUUGAUUUUAAGUUCAGAUUGUUAAUGUAUAAAAAAAACAGGCAAUUUGAAAAGGUGACACAACUGAAAUCAGAUUUGAAUUGAUACACUUUUAUAAUAAAAGUACUUAGGCUAGUUUAAGUUAUUAAAGUACUUAGAUGAUUAAAAUGCCAAUUGGGUUUUAUGACCAUAUAUGGUGGAUAUAAUUUCCAUAUAAGGCAUAUACCUUGAAGAUUACCAUGGUAAUGUGUCACUUUUUCCUAGUCCUGUCUCUGGGGUGAAAGGGUUAAAAUGAAAUCUGAUAUAAAACAGGAGUCAAUGACUCCAUUACAAAACCAAUGAUAUCUUUAUUGAUGUGAUAAAAUAUAUAUUUGUGUAAUGUUUGAUCAUUUCACAUCAAGCUGUGUUCUUUUGCAACUGAAUGUGAAAUGUUCAACUAUUCACAGUGAUAAAUGAUUAA